UGACAGCUUUUUCUCCUUUCUACGAAUAGACGAAAGAAGCACACUGAUAUGUACCACUGCACCUAAAUGUCUGGCCUGUUAUAUCAGGUUGUAUUAUUCAGAGUUGCCAUGCAUCUGAGCUCACAUAGUAUCUGACAGGACUUGCUUCUGGUAUCUAAUUGGAAGGUAGCACAGCUCAUCCUUUGUUUUUCUUCCAUCUUAGAGAUCUCGCUAGCUACUAGCCACACGUGAUACACAGCAUCUGUUGAGAGCGGGAAUCCGUGGAGAUGGAGGCAAAGAAGCCUUACGUGAUCGCCGUCGUCAUACAGCUUAUCUACGCCGGCAUGUUCGUCGUCUCCAAGGCUGCCUUCGACCAUGGGAUGAACACCUUCGUCUUCAUCUUCUACAGAAUGGUCGCCGCGUCGCUCCUCCUGGUCCCUAUUGCGAUUACCCUCGAAAGGAAGAACGUGCGGUCCAUGUCCCUGUGCCUGCUCCUGAAGCUCUUCUUCUAUGCCUUGAUCGGGAAUACAUUUAGCUUGAACCUGUACAAUGUAAGCAUGAAGUUCACAUCGGCGACGGUGGCAUCUGCAUCCAGCAACUCCAUGCCCGUCAUCGCCUUCUGCUUGGCGCUGCUGCUGAGGAUGGAGGUGGUGAGGUUGACGAGCCUUUCCGGCAAGGCCAAGGUCGCCGGCGUAGCGCUCUGCCUCGCCGGCGUCUUCGUCCUCGCCUUCUACGCCGGGCCGGCGCUGAGCCCGGUGAAUCCCCACCGCGCCUUCGCCGCCGCCCAGGCCUCCAACAGCAAUGUUCCGAGCAGGAUGACGUGGAUCAAAGGAACGUUCCUCAUGGUCCUCGCCAACGUCACAUGGGCCCUCUGGAUCGUCCUGCAGUCUGCACUACUCAAAGAGUACCCCAAUAAGAUGCUUGUUACGGUGACACAAUGUGUGUUUAGCACAGUGCAGUCGUUCGUCGUUGCAGUGGUGGCUGAGAAGGAUUUCUCCAAGUGGAAUCUCCGGCUGGACAUCAGCUUGAUCGCCAUUUUUUACACAGGUUUUGUGGUGACGGGGGUGUCCUACUACCUACAAGCGUGGUGUAUGGAGAUGAAAGGCCCAGUGUUUCUAGCAAUGUGGAACCCACUCUGCUUCGUCAUCACAAUAUUCUGCUCCUCUUUCUUUUUGGGAGAGAUUGUCCACCUUGGCAGCAUUGUGGGUGGAGCUCUGCUGGUUGGCGGGCUCUACUGCGUGCUGUGGGCUAAAAGCAGGGAGACCAAGAUCGACUUGAUGAGUAGCAUGGCGAAGAUGAUCGAUGGAACGCAAGAAGAUGAGGGACACAAGAAGAAGUCACGGGACCAGGACGGGGGCAACAACAACAAAGUGAAAGAGGAACCAACACCGACGUUGGGGGUUGAACAGGCGAGAUUAGGAUUCAGUCAAUCAAGGGCUAACUCUUGAUCGAUCGAUCGACCGACGUCUGCAUGUGUAUAGAUUUAUCAAGAAUAUGGGCAUAUAAUUGUUAACUGAAUCAUCGGCGCCAAACUAGCUCAGUGCAUCACGAGUUUGUGUGAUUGUAAACUGACCAGCUGCAUGAUUACAUGAGUAUUCCCCUACCUUGCUAUAA